AUGAUAGUGGACGUCAUAAAGAACAACAACAUACAUUUCCGUGCUGCCUGGGCUUUGUCUCUUAUUUGCUCCGUCCUUGGCGGCGCCUACCACGACCACGUGGGACUUAAUGGUCUGAACAGCCUGAACUAUGCCGCCGGUCUUAACACUUACAACGUUGCCCCAGCCGUGUCUGCCGUGCAUACGGCUCCUGUGACCACUGUGCACACCACUCCUGCUGUUGCAACCUACUCUCCCGCGGCAGUGUCUAAGGUCUCAUCUACGACUUACCACACAUCUCCGGCUGUGACUAAGGUGUACCAGUCUUCUCCCGCUGUGACUACCUACCAGACGGCCCCGGCGGUCGCAAAGGUGUCCACUUACCAGACCGGCCCAGCCUUUGCAGCAUACCAGGCAGCCCCGGCAGUGACCACUGUUCAAGCUUCCCCAGCCAUCGCCACUUUCCAGGCUUCCCCGGCGUUUGCCCGCGUUGCCGCCUAUCAAACCGGCCCCGCCGUCACUACUUACCAGUUUGCACCAGCGGUCACGAAAUACGCCACCGCCAGCUAUCAGGCCGGUCCCGCAGUUACCACUUACCAGACAGCUCCAGCUUUUGGCAAGAUCGCUGCUUAUCAAAAUAGUCCAGCUAUCACCACUUACCAGGCAGCCCCAGCUGUAACUACCGUUCACGAGACCGCCCCAGCCGUCACUACCGCUGGUCCAGCCGUGGCCACUUUCCAGUCAGCUCCGGCCGUUACCACUUACCAGUCUGCUCCCGCCGUCACUAAGGUUACCAAUGUAGACACGUACCAUGCUGCACCAGCCGUGGCAACUUACCAGGCUUCUCCAGCGGUGACUACUUACCAGGCGGAUCCAGUGACCACCGUUCACACAACCGGCCCAGCUGUCACCUCAUUCCACGGUGCUCCCGGCGCCGCAUCUUACCAACCAGCCCAAGCCGUCACUAAAGUGACCAAUGUAGACACUUACCACUCAGCUCCGACCGUCACUACUGUCUCCGGCGGUGCCCCAACGGUGACUGCGUACCAGUCUGCUCCAGCUGUCACCACUGUUCACGGUGGCGGUGCCACGGUGGCCAGCUACCAGGUAUCCCCAGCUGUGACCACCUACCAAACUUCCCCGGCGGUCACAGCAUACCACGGCUCUCCAUCGGUCACCACGGUGCACGCUGAUGGUCCGGCCGUAACUGCUUACCAUGCUGCUCCGUCUAUAGCUACCACAGUCCACGGUGCUCCAUCGGUCACAACCUAUCAAGGGGCUCCAGUCGGCACUUCAACGGUGUCUAAAGUCAGCAACUUAAACGCGUAUCACGCUUACCCAGGCGAGUUCACUGUUCAGGGAGCACCCGGAGUUGUGCAGGGUGGUCCAGCCUUUGGUUUCGCACCUACUGGAGCCUACGGCUAUGGAGUGAACACUCUUGGUUACGGUGUCGCCCCUGUCGGACCUGGAGAUGGACAUGGACUUGCCCGCUACGGUCUCAACUACGCCUAUGGACUUGGCCCCAUUGACUACAACACUCUUAGUCGCAAGAAGAAAUAAAACGAAAAAAUAACCACGUAAGGGCUCAGGUCACAUCGUUUUGUCACCCUCGAGAGUGGUAUGAGCCGAGCCAUCAGCCAAUCCUGGACAAGAACAGGACUCAGGAUUCGACUGUCAACUGUAUUAUAGCCACUGCCAUCACAAGUUGUUUGUUGGAUGAUAAUAAUAAAAAACAUAUUCUCGUAAAA